UUCUGAUGUUUGUGUUUUAUGACAGGGCUUCUGAUAUUUGUGUUUUAUGACAGGGCUUCUGAUAUUUGUGUUUUAUGACAGGGCUUCUGAUGUUUGUGUUUUAUGACAGGGCUUCUGAUAUUUGUGUUUUAUGACAGGGCUUCUGAUAUUUGUGUUUUAUGACAGGGCUUCUGAUGUUUGUGUUUUAUGACAGGGCUUCUGAUGUUUGUGUUUUAUGACAGGGCUUCUGAUGUUUGUGUUUUAUGACAGGGCUUCUGAUAUUUGUGUUUUAUGACAGGGCUUCUGAUAUUUGUGUUUUAUGACAGGGCUUCUGAUAUUUGUGUUUUAUGACAGGGCUUCUGAUAUUUGUGUUUUAUGACAGGGCUUCUGAUAUUUGUGUUUUAUGACAGGGCUUCUGAUAUUUGUGUUUUAUGACAGGGCUUCUGAUAUUUGUGUUUUAUGACAGGGCUUCUGAUGUUUGUGUUUUAUGACAGGGCUUCUGAUGUUUGUGUUUUAUGACAGGGCUUCUGAUAUUUGUGUUUUAUGACAGGGCUUCUGAUGUUUGUGUUUUAUGACAGGGCUUCUGAUAUUUGUGUUUUAUGACAGGGCUUCUGAUAUUUGUGUUUUAUGACAGGGCUUCUGAUAUUUGUGUUUUAUGACAGGGCUUCUGAUAUUUGUGUUUUAUGACAGGGCUUCUGAUAUUUGUGUUUUAUGACAGGGCUUCUGAUAUUUGUGUUUUAUGACAGGGCUUCUGAUAUUUGUGUUUUAUGACAGGGCUUCUGAUAUUUGUGUUUUAUGACAGGGCUUCUGAUGUUUGUGUUUUAUGACAGGGCUUCUGAUGUUUGUGUUUUAUGACAGGGCUUCUGAUAUUUGUGUUUUAUGACAGGGCUUCUGAUGUUUGUGUUUUAUGACAGGGCUUCUGAUAUUUGUGUUUUAUGACAGGGCUUCUGAUAUUUGUGUUUUAUGACAGGGCUUCUGAUAUUUGUGUUUUAUGACAGGGCUUCUGAUAUUUGUGUUUUAUGACAGGGCUUCUGAUAUUUGUGUUUUAUGACAGGGCUUCUGAUAUUUGUGUUUUAUGACAGGGCUUCUGAUAUUUGUGUUUUAUGACAGGGCUUCUGAUAUUUGUGGAAUUAACCCUCCCCCUCUGUUUUUGUCAACAAGGAUUUUUCUGAUUGGUUUCUUGCCCUGCGUGCUCCUUGCCUCGCAUGAUCCCUGCUUUGGAGAGAUGGUCACGUUGACGAUGCCAAAGCGAUUCAGAUCUGGUGCAUAGCCAUUCUAUUAGCAGACGUUGAAUCUGGUUGUCUGUUGCUCGUUCCAGGCGCGCUGAAUGGACACUAAAAAGACCGUAAACACUUCCAACUACUGAAGGAUGUCGGGGAUCACAGUGAAUUCGGAUUGUGGAGAAUGUUCACCCCCUUCGCAUGAGCCUUGCACCACGGAAUUACACCCAUACUCUAGCAUCGAUGACGAUGAUGAACUUCUGAAGUAUAUUUGGAGGGAAUAUUUGCAUCCUAAGCAAUAUGAAUGGGUUCUUAUUGUAGGAUACAUAAUUGUUUUUUUUGUUUCUCUCAUUGGAAACACACUAGUUUGUUUUGCAGUGUGGAAAAACCAUCACAUGCGCACAGUGACCAACUGUUUCAUUGUGAAUCUCUCCUUUGCUGAUGUCCUGGUCACCAUCACCUGUCUCCCGGCAAGUCUUGUGGUAGACAUUACAGAAACAUGGUUCUUUGGAAACACUCUUUGUAAAAUACUGCCUUACUUACAGACAAUCUCCGUAUCUGUGUCAGUCUUGACUCUGAGCUGCAUUGCUCUCGACCGCUGGUACGCAAUCUGCCACCCGCUGAUGUUCAAAAGCACGGCUAAGCGUGCCCGCAAGAGUAUCCUCCUCAUCUGGGGGGUUUCCUGUAUCAUCAUGAUCCCCCAGGCCAUCGUGAUGGAGUGCAGCAGCCUGCUCCCUGAGCUCACCAACAAAACCAGCCUUUUCACUGUGUGUGAAGAGCGCUGGGGAGCUGAUGUCUACCCCAAGGUGUAUCACACCUGUUUCUUCAUCGUCACAUACUUCGCUCCCCUCUGUCUGAUGGUUCUGGCAUACAUCCAGAUAUGUCAUAAACUGUGGUGUCAACAGAUUCCCGGAACGUCAUCUGUGCUACAGAGGAAGCGGACGCCCCUCCAGGGUUCCACUUAUUCUCCAGGUCCUGGGGAGUCAGCCAGAGUCCGGACCAGCACAGUGUCCGCUGAGAUCAAACAGGUCCGGGCCCGCAGGAAGACAGCCCGCAUGCUGAUGGUGGUCCUCUUUGUCUUUGCCCUCUGCUACCUGCCCAUCAGCGUACUCAACAUCAUGAAAAGAGUGUUUGGGACGUUUAAGUACACGAACAGCAGAGAGACUGUAUACGCCUGGUUCACGUUCUCACAUUGGCUGAUAUAUGCCAACAGUGCUGCAAAUCCAAUCAUCUAUAACUUUUUAAGUGGGAAGUUUCGAGCGGAAUUCAAAGCAGCAUUUUCCUGUCGCUCUUUUGGCCGAUGUCAGAACCAAACUGAGGGCAUAAGGAGAAGAAUAAACACCGACAGCCGUAAAUCCUUGUCCACUCAAGUCAACAACAUGGACAAUGUCUCACGGAUAUCUGACCAUGUGGUUUAAUCCUAUACUGGGGCAUGCUGGGAGAUCUUAUAAUUGCACCAUGCCACCCAGGACACACUGGCAUUCACUGUCUCCAUGAUACAAAGGUCACGAAUAGAACACAUUGUAAACGUCAAGCUUUUAAUAACAGACAUCUUGAAUAGACCACAUACUCUGAAUGGACUGAAAGCACUCAAUAUCCACCAACAUGUGUGACAGCAAAUCCCUCCCCUGCUGGAACUUCUACCCAGGGGAAGAGAAGUGAUUUGAAUGAGUCGUGUCUGUUACAGAUGGAUAACCGUUGUAUUGGCUCCAGUCUUUGGUUCUCAUCCCACCAGAGGCAGGAUUUAGCACCCCAUGGUGUUGUACACCUCACCAGAAAGGACAGACUGAAGGAUGAAUCACAAUGCAAAGAUGAAACCCUAUCAACGUUUAUUAUCAAAGCUUCUUAAAUCUGAAGAUGGAUUACAAAGUAACUAUUUGUUUGUUAAUUAGCCACAAUAGUGUACUACGUGUGUAUUUGUGGUGAUGUUUACUUAUGUCUUAUGAUGACUACUUCAUACUUCAUCAUAAUAAUAAUAAUUAUUGCUAUUAUUAAUAUUUGUAUUAUUGUUGUUGUUGACGCUGUUGUUUAUUCUUUUUUAUUGUUAUUGUUAUUACCUUCCUAUUCUAUGUGUAAUAUCAGGUUAUAUGUUUACAGAUAUGGUAUUGUACAUUAACAAUCCAGCCAAAGUUCGAAAA